AUGAGUGAACAAGAUGAAAAUCAGUCUUCAGAGAUAUUAAGCACAACAAAAUGUGAACCUGCCCGUGAAGAAACUCCAGAAGAACCAAUAAAUUCUUACGAUGAUAAAAUUCUCAUUGCUAAGCCUGAUUGUUUUAAAGACCCUUUGCUUCGUGUAGACGAUGAAGAAUUUGACAAGAUUGAUAGUUUUCAAAACAAUUGUGAAGAUUCUUCUGUUGUUAGCAUCUAUCCAGCUAUUACGUCGGUGGAAAACCUCGGACAUGAAGGAAAGUUAAGCAAUGUUCAAGUGGCUCAAAUGAAACAUCGAUUUUUCAAGCUUAGCGGCCUUCUUUCAAAAAUAAGAGAUAAUGAAUUUAAUUUGAUACAAUUAUGUAAAAAAUGGGCGAUUCAUUUAGAUGGUUUACAUGAAUAUUUAUCAAAAGCUGAUAAUUAUCCUGAAGGUUAUAAUACAAAAUCAGAUGAAUUACGUAAACAAUUAUUAUGUGCAAAUAAUCGUCUAUUACAAAUUGAAGAAAGAAAUGAUGAAUUAAAUUAUACGAUAGAAAGUUUAAAAGAUGAAAAACGUAUCCUACAAAAUGAAUAUAAUCGUAUGCCUAAAGAAGAGGAUAUUGAAAAUUUACGUAAACAAUUAGAAAAAUCUGUCAAUGAAGUUAAACAUGAAUUAACUAAACGUUGUACAGAAAGUCGACAAUUAACACAAACACUAAAAGACUCGAAAGAAAUGCUAACACAAGUAGUUAAAUUAAAAAAUGAUACAGAACAACAAUGUCAAAUGUUAAAGUCAGAAAGUGCUGAAAUCCAAUCUCAACCAUUACAAGCCCUAAAGGAAACUGAUAAACUACAAAGGCAAAAAGAGGAAGUAGAUCGUUUGAAAUCAGAAACAUUAGCUGAACACUGUAAAUUACAAGAAGAAAUGAAAACAUUAAAGUCACUUGGCUUGCAGUUGGAUCUAGAAAGUGUGAAACUACAAAAUCAAUCAGCUAAAAAGCAGAAAAAGCUAAAUGAUUUACAAUCUCAGUAUGAAGCUGUCAACAUGCAUAUUCAUGAAUUGGAACAGAAAAAUACUGAAAUGACAUUGAAAAAAACGGAGACUGACUUAAAAAUGGAUCAUUUAAAACAAGAACUUCUACAAUUAACUGAUCGUGUUACUCGUCAAACACGUACACGUGAAUUAUAUGUUCGAAAAGCUCGUAAAGCUGAAAAUUUAUUACAAACACUUAAAGAAUCUGUUAAAUUUAAUAUGAAAACUUGUUCUGAAAAACAUAUGAAUUGUUUAUCUAUGAAACAAACUGAUGAAGAUACUGAAUUACUAAAGAAACGUACACAUUUAACUAAUGAUAUAAAAAAACUUAAAGAAUUACUGUUAAGUCAAUGUCAAUUAACUGAACUUGAACAAGUUAAACUACGUCAAAGUCUACAACAAGUUGAUCAAAUGAAUUAUGAUUUGGCUAAUUUACGUGUUGAACUUGUAGAAUUAAUCCGAUUGGUUACACUUAAAUCAGAGGAACGUGAACAAAAAUCAAGAGAUUUUUUAAUUGCACAAUCACGUUACACACGUAUACAAGAUGAUAUUAAAUUGAAACAAUUACAAAUUCAUGAAUAUGAAAAAUCAUUCAGUGGAACACAGAGAAAAUUGAAAGAUUUUGCUCAACUCUAUGAAACAAUAAAAGAAGAACGUAAUAAUUGUUUAAGUCUCAUACAAAUUACAAAUCAACAUAUACAAGAAUUAAGUGAAAAAAUGCGUAUUUCUACAAAUGAAAUUGAAAUAUUACAGACUAAUUUGAAAAAAAUUGAAAAAUCUAUUGCAACACGUGAUAUAUUUCGUAAUGAGAUUUCUAAAUUGAGUUGUACCAUUCGAAAUGAUGAAGUUCAAAGUGAACAAAUGAAACAAGCAAUUAAGCGACAAAAUAAUAUUAUUGUACAAACAACAAAACAAUUAGAAGAUAUGCGUAAUGCUAUUGGACAUGUGAUUCAGUUACGUAAUGAUAGAGCAGUUGAACUAGUUGAACGUAAUGAAGAACUCUGCGUAUUACAAGAAAGAUUAAAUCUACAAAAUCUAACACUUCACAAAGGUGAAAUUGAAUUAAAUAAAUUGAAUGAUGAAAUAAGGGGAUUAACACAAGUAAAGAAUGAUUUGAUAAGAAGUAAUGAACUUAUGAGAAAAGAGGCAAAAGAAAGAGAGAAAUUACAAAAUGAAAUACUUUCUAGUCAACUACAGUUAAGUGUAUGUCAAAAUCGUGUUGCAAAAUUGGAGAAUAGUGCAAUUACACCGAAUGGAUUUCUAUUAGACAGUGAUAAAGGUGUUGGAAUAACAAAAGAUAUAAUAAAAUUAAAAAAUAAAAAAAUGAUAAAAACUACUACUUAUUUACAAUAUGAAACACGUUUAAAUGAACUUGAAGGUAAAACUGAAAAUCCAGCUGAAUUAAGAAAUAAAAUUGAUACACUUGAAGUAAAAAUAAUUUGUCGUGAACGUAAAUUAUUUGAAUUAAAUCUACUAUUGGAUGCAGUUAAAUGUUUAGUGAAUAGACUUGAGAAAGAAGCUAAUCUAGGAAAACAAGUAACAUUAUCAUUGGCUAUUAAAACUAAUGAACAAAAAGGUACCACUAUGCAAACUACAAAACGUUUGAAAGCAACAACAGCUGAAUUGACCAUGCUAAUGACUACAGCAUAUGAACUUCAACAGAAAGUUAAGGAACGUCGAGCUCUCUUAACAGAGUGUUAUCGACGUUUACAAGCUGGUGAUCCUCCAAUGGAUGACUUAAGUGAAGAAUGGGAAAAAUAUAAUAGAACAAUGCAGUGGAAAUUGAAUCGAGCAAAGAUGACUAAAGCUUUAGAGUUAGAUGAUUACUGGACUACGGCACCGGAACGACCUAAUGCCUAUUUAGUUUACAGAAAUCUACCUCAUCGGUCAUAUGAGAAUUUAUCACGUGCUGAAGGCUCUCUUAAAACAUCAGAUGCCAAGAUUUCUAGUCCUAAAAGCAAUCCAAUUUUGAUACCAUAUGGAGCUAACCCACCAUUUCGACCUUAUGAUCCUAGUUCUCAUAUGAGACAUUUCCGUAAACCAGAAAAUAAAUCUAUUGACAUCUAG